AUGGGCUUCGGGAAGUUCUCCCCAUUCCUGGCUCUUAGCCUCUUGGUCCUGUGCCAAGCCGGCAACCUCCAGGCAGCACCAUUCAGGUCUGCGAUAGAGAGCAGCUCUGAUCCCACGGCACUCAGUGAGGAGGAAGCGCGCCUCCUGCUGGCUGCACUGUUGAAGGACUUUGUGCAGAUGAAGGCCAAUGAGCUGGAGCAGGAACAAGAGCUGGAGCAGGAGACUGAAGGCUCCAGCAUCACUGCCCAGAAAAGAGGCUGCAAAACUGCCACCUGUGUGACCCACCGGCUGGCAGGCUUACUGAGCAGAUCUGGGGGCAUAGUGAAGAGCAACUUCGUGCCCACUGAUGUGGGCUCCAAUGCCUUUGGCCGGCGCCGCAGGGACCUGCAGGCUUGA